AUGUCAGACGAUACCUCUGAAAUCCAUCGUGCCGUCAUUGAGGGCAAAAUGAUGACGCUCAAAGCACUUUUGGCCGAGGACCCUAAACUAGCCUUACUUAAGGAUCAGGACUCUCGAACUCCCUUACAUUGGGCCUGCUCAUUCCAAAGAACGGACAUGGUGACGGUUCUUUUGAAUCCUACAGCAGUUGUUAAAGAAGGAAUUGUUGGCUCCUCAGGCAACAGAAAGUCAGAAAUAAUACAACCGGUUCCAUUCACCAUCGACAUUGAUGAUAUGGUUGACCAGAGUGGCUGGACACCUCUACACAUAGCCGCCUCUGUGGGGAACUUGGAGAUCCUGAAGAUGCUAUUGACCCAUCAGCCGACUCCGAAUGUGGAUCAACAGACCUCUACAGGCCAAACUUGUCUCCAUUUCGCCGUUUCUAAAAGCAACUAUGAGGUAACAGAUUACCUAGUCAAGACUUGUAAGGCAAGUGCUCGAAUCAAGGAUAGUAAGGGUCAGUAUGCCUUACAUAGAGCCGCUGCUGUUGGUUCCUUACGAAUGUGCCAGAUCCUCAUCGAAGUAGGUAAAUCACCGCUAAAUGCCUCUGACAUCUAUGGAUAUACACCUUUGCACCAUGCAUUAGCUGAAGGACAUGGAGACGUAGCCGUUUAUUUGGUUAAGAAUGGCGCUGAUCCGUUGGUUCAAGACAGAGAUGGUAAGACUGCAUAUCAGGAUGCAUUGAAUGAUAAAGUGAGACGGUUCUUCAAAAUAAGUAUGGCAAAGGAAGGUGUUGAUCAACUAUAA